AUGGCCCCCGCAGCCAUCGUCUCCUCCAUGACACCAACACCACCCGUGGUGGUUGGCCCUGCAACCAAGAAGGCCACACGUCCAACAGACAAGCUACCCCAGUCCCUAAUCGAUGGGGCCCGUCUCACCGAGAAGCAGUCAUUCGAUCCCAAGAAGCACUUGGACUUCCAGCCCCCAGAGAAGAUCUAUACCAUGAAAGAGAUCGGUCUGGAGGGCCAUGGAAUUUCCCCCAAUGCGGUCUCGGAGCCGUUUCCCCUUUUUACCGAGGAGGCAAUCAAGCAGAUGAGAGCGGAGAUAUUCAGUGAAGCGGUGCUGGAGAAUUGCCAGUACACUUCGACCUUUAUUAGGAAUAUGGUUCGGGGGAUGGGGCCUGUACGAGCUCCGUUUACCUAUGAUGCCUGGUAUUCCCCCGAGGUCAUUGCGAGGGUCUCAGAGGUUGCGGGCGUGGAGCUGGUCCCCUCGUUUGACUUUGAGAUCGCCAACAUCAACAUUUCUAUCAACGACCAGAACAUUCAGCUGGGUGUCUACGAAGACAAGCCGGAUCAUGACCGGACAUCUGCCGUUGCGUGGCACUAUGAUAGCUUCCCCUUUGUUUGCGUGACGAUGCUGUCUGAUUGCACCGGUAUGGUUGGCGGGGAGACUGCACUGAGGAAGCCCGAUGGGGAGAUUAUGAAAGUUCGCGGACCAACCAUGGGCACCGCUGUGGUAAUGCAAGGCAGAUACAUCGAGCACCAGGCCCUGAAAGCACACGGAGGCCGCGAGCGCAUCACCAUGGUCACUUGCUUCCGGCCCAAAUCCCCCUUCAUCAAGGACGAGACUGUCCUCACGGGCGUUCGGGGAAUCAGUAACGUAGAUGAGAUGUACACGCAAUACACGAUAUAUCGGCUAGAGAUACUCGAAGAGCGUAUCCGGGAUCGACUGAAGACGGAGAGACGACGUGAGCUGACGAAGCACUCGUUCGAUGUUGCUGAGGCUAGGAGCUUUUUGUUGGAGCAGAAGAAGUUCCUGGACGCUAUGUUGACUGAAAUUAUUGAGUAG